AUGAGUAAACCAUCUGGACCAGAUACUAAACAAAUCCAGUACGAUCGUCAACUGCGUCUGUGGGGCGAUCAUGGACAAAAGGCACUAGAAUCUGGUCGAGUGUGUUUAAUCGGUGCUAAUGCGUUGGGCACUGAAAUACUUAAAGCACUUGUCCUACCUGGUCUGGGCUCAUUCACAAUCAUCGACCAUCAAUUAGUAACAUUAGCUGAUUGCGGUUCAAAUUUUUUCGUUCAUCCAACAAUGGUUGAUCAACCACGCGCUCGUGUGACGUGCGACUUGUUGAGACAACUGAAUCCUGAUGUUCACGGAACAUUCGUGGACAAACCAACAAUCGAUGAUCUAUUAAAACAGAAUACCUUCGACUUUUCUCAAUUUAAUGUUGUGAUUACGGCUAAUGUUCCACACCAUACAUUAACUAUGCUUGCUAACCAUUUGUGGACGCUGAAAAUACCUUUACUUGCUGCACGUACAUAUGGUUUUAUUGGCACUAUCCGUCUGCAAGCAGUUGAACAUUUUAUUAUUGAAGCACAUCCUGAUGAUACCAUACCUGAUCUUCGCCUCGAUCGUCCUUUGAAAUCUUUUCUCGAACAUUGUAAUUCGAUCGAUUUCGACAAUUUAUCGCGCGAAGAACAUCUACAUCUUCCAUCGUUGAUAAUUCUCUACAAAGCAAUCAAACAAUGGCAAAAACAAACCAACCGUACUGAUCUGCCUCGAAAUCGAAAAGACAAAGAUGAAUUCAAAGAAGUACUCGAACAAUUAUCCCACCAUGUAGCAUAUGAUGUGCAUGAUAAGAAUAGAAUCCUUGAGAACUUCGAAGAAGCCAAACGAACUAUCCCAUCUCGAUUAGUUCAAACAACAAUUCCGUCAAAUAUCACGGAAUUAUUUCAAGAUCGUUCAUGCUUAGAACUGUCGAGUCAAUCGCAUAUUUUCUGGUUUAUUAUCAGUGCUAUAAAAUUAUUUACUGAAAACGAAGGUCAAGGUUUAUUACCUGUCCGUGGCGAAGUUCCGGACAUGAUAACGAAUACGAAUUCCUAUGUGAAACUAGUUCAAAUCUAUCAAGAACAAGCGAAAAAGGAUGCGGAACUGAUAUAUAACUACUUAGCAGAUUUAUUGAAAGAACACAAUCGAUUUUCCAAUGAACAAGCUCUUUUACACGAUUUAGUUCAUAUCUAUUGUAAGAACGCGUCGUUUCUGCGUGUUCUACGAACAUCCGCUCUGAAAAAUGAGGAUGAAUUAUUACAGAAAUACAUCGCACAAAAUCCCAUCGACACGUCAUCAGAUGAACCUGAGCCGGACAUUUGCUGGUAUAUUGGCUUACGUCUGUGCGAUGCAUUUUACGAGAAAUUCAGUCGUUAUCCCGGCGAAUUUCCUCUGUCUAUAAAUGAAAUGGAUACCGAUCAACGACAACUAGAAAUUGAUUUAAAUGAUUUGAAACAAAUCGGCAAGCAGACUGUUCAUUUAGAUAAACAACAGGGUUCCAUCCGAGAAAACAUUCUCGAAGAAUUAACACGUUACGGCGCGUCAGAGCUUCAUUCCAUAUCGGCAUUUAUCGGUGGUUGUUGCGCACAAGAAGCAAUCAAGUUGAUUACCCAUCAAUAUGUCCCACUCGAUUGUGUUUUAGUGUACAAUGGCAUUCGAGAAGCAACGAGUGUACUCAAAUUUUAA